AUGGAGUGUUAUUACAUCGUCAUCAGCUCGGCGCACCUCCGCAACGGGCACUUUCGCAACAUCAAGGGGGUUUUCCGCGGGCCCCUCAGCAAGAACGGCAACAAAACUCUGGAUUAUGCAGAAAAGGAGAAUACGAUAGCCAAAGCUCUGGAAGACCUCAAAGCGAACUUCUAUUGCGAACUGUGUGACAAGCAGUACUACAAGCAUCAAGAGUUCGACAAUCACAUUAACUCCUAUGACCAUGCUCAUAAACAGAGACUCAAGGAGCUAAAGCAGAGAGAGUUUGCGCGAAAUGUCGCCUCCAAAUCGAGAAAAGAUGAAAGGAAACAGGAGAAGGCUCUUCAACGAUUGCACAAGUUAGCCGAACUCCGGAAAGAAGCUGCAUGUGCACCAGGGAGCGGCCCUAUGUUCAGAUCCACCACAGUAACAGUCCGAGACCACUGUAAUGAAAUCCUUGUCGACUCUGCUAAAAAAGAACAAGAAUUUGACUUCGCGUAUUUGCACAAGUCAAAAGCUCCUGGAGAUGUUACCUCUGUUGCUGCAUCCACACCCGAAGCUGCAAAAAACAGUAAGCAAGAUGCUAACAAACUUGGGGAUCAAAUGCUGGGACUCCAUGGACAGAAGGUGGGGUUCUCUUUUGCUUUUCCCAAGAAAGCAUCAGUCAAGCUUGAAUCCUCAGCAGCUGCCUUUUAUGACUACAAUGACGAAACAUCGGCUGAGCAUGGGCUUAGCAGAAGAAGUCGAUUUGUUCCUGGGCUUUCGGUUUCAUCAGCUGAAGAAAGCAUUCUGAAUGCUGAGGAAAAUCCUAACUCUGUUGCUCCACUAAUGGAAAAACACAAUGAGAAAACAGAACCCACUCCGCUGCAGGACUCCAAGGAACCAUCUGUCGAGGAGAACGCAGUGCAAGAGGCCACUGAAUUACGGUCCCCUAUUUCUCAUUCAAAAGAACCUGAGCCUAGCAGUCUGGAAAGCUUUUGCGUUAAUGUGGAUUCAACGGCCUUGCCUGAUGAAACGUCCAGAGAUGCCCUGGGGAGCCAAGCUCUCCCUGCUGAAAACAAUAGUGACGAGCACAUAGGAAAUAAAUGCACAGGUCUCCCCGUCAAUGAAGCUUGUUUUUCGCAGCAGGAGACGCAGGAAGGAAAUGAUCAGAACAUUAGCAGCGAUUCACUCGCUGCUGAAGAUGAAAUUAAAAAAUCCUUGUCUGAUGGACCGAUUCCAGGAUAUCCUGAAGAGGAAACGAUAGCUCUGCCUUGUAAACAAGAUUCACAUAAAAGAUCUUGCGAGCCAUUUGUUCCUGUGCUUAACAAACAUGGAUCCACCAUUCUUCAGUGGCCAUCUGAAAUGUUAAUUUACACCAGCACAGAGCCAUCUAUUUCAUAUAGCUGCAAUCCUUUAUGUUUUGACUUCAGAUCAUCAAGAGCCAGCGAAAGCCUAGAGAAAAAUAAACCUCAGACAAAUAUGCCUAAUUCUCCUCAUAAGACUGAUUCCAGCCAGGGCUCAGUUAGAGAUUAUAUGCAUAAAUCUCAUUUGGUACAUGCUGAUAGUGUCACUGACACUAAUGCACAUCCAUGUAACCAUGCGACACCAAUUCCGAUGGAUGUUUCCUCAGCUGGAGGUUGGAAUUCUGGGAAAAGCCAGGAUGAAUUGUCCUUAGAUGCCUUUUGCGAGACUGAAGAGAAAGAAAAACACCACAGUCUCCCAAAAGAGCUGCAGGAGGACUCAUCUACUGAUGAACAACAAAGCAAAAAGUGGAUCAAAAGGACACAUGAAAAGUGUUCUCAUAAAACUCGGAAGAGGAAAAGGAGGAGAAAGCUAUGCUAUCACCACCAUCAGGCCACUACCAAGGUGGAUACUGGUAUUUCUCCAGCACCUGAAGAACAAAAUAAUUGUCUUGAUGCUAAGAAACAUCAGCAUCUUCCUGGUCCUAUGGAACAAGGUAUGGGUGAAACUGGACUGGAGGAAACAGUUGCUGAAAUGUCAGAACAGUCACAUGAAUCUCCUGGGACUGAGAAUAGUGAUAACUGUGAAACCAUAUCUAUGUCUUCGCAGGACCACGGUAACCAAAGUCCACACCCAGCUUGGAAUGCAAAAGAUAACAGGGACUAUUGUAUUAACUCUAAAAAUCUGUGCAGAAGGAGCAAGCCAGUUUCUCACAGACAAUCAAAUAAACCAGGAUUGAAUUCUGAAAGAUGCAGCUCAGUGUGUUCUAGAUCCCUUUGUAGCUGGAGUAGCAAAAGAUCCAGCAGUAGCCCAUAUCACAAACAUUUAGGCCAUUAUCCCGAUGAGAAAUGCACAAAUCACACACAGCCCAUAAAGAGAGCCUAUAAUUCUCUCACAGACGAGCCGGAUUUUUUUCGCCAGAAACGAAGGCAUCAUACGCACUCUUUUUCAUCUGAUGAAAGUUCAAAUGCACAGACCUGGCUAUCAGAAGAAAAUGUUCCGCACACAUACAGUUGUAGAGCAUCUUGCAAGCAGAAACGGAAACGAAGGCGAAAGAGAACAAGAACUCAUCAUCCAUUUAUAGAGAGGCUGCCAAGAAAGAAUAUCAGUGUACAGCCUCCAAAAGGAGUCUCCCUGUUCAACAACACUUCUAACAUAUCAACUGAAGAUACCACAGAAAAAAAAAAUUUGCCUUUCAGGACUGAUUAUGCAAACAGUACGGAAGAAACAAUACAGCCAAUAGAAUGCCAACCAGCACCACAGCCUGAGCAAUUGCUUCCGCUAGAAAACAGCCAAGGCUCAAACUGUUCUGUUACAAGGAGCACUCAAUAUCUGGAAGAAUCCACAUGUUCUACUUCUCCCGUUAUCAAACAGAGUGCCCUGGCAGCAACAAACUCCACGAACGUGCUGGAAGAGGCAGAGAAACAUGAAAAUGUGAGUGUUCCUGGCAGUCAACCUCCUCAAAAAGUGCCCAGCAUCGAAAGAAGUCUGGACCAACCUUCCCCUAAGUCAUAUCUGUGCCACUACGAAGUGGCAGAGACCAUACCACCAGAAAAACGUCACCCGUCAGCCAAUGAGUGGCUGCUGUAUAAUCCAGGUAUAUUUAAUUCCCCGCCUCCUUUGCCCUUUAAAGAAGCACAUAUAAACAGUCAUGCUUUCUUGGCCAAUGAGCAGAUCCUCACCCCGUUCGCCUUACCUGAACAUGCAUUGCUCUUGCCCCCCGAAAACCACGACAAAUUCAAAGACCUUCAAUGUGAGGCCUACCACCAGAUCUUCCAGCAAAACAUAUUAGCUAAUAAGAUGAAGCUGAGCUUCCCUCCGGCUGCGUUCCCACCUUCGAAUCCUCCUCUGCAGCCCUUGCCCUUGCAGCAGCCCCUGUGUUCUACCUCUGUCACCACAAUCCAUCACACUGUUUUGCAACAGCAUGCGGCAGCGGCAGCUGCCGCCGCCGCCAGUACAUUUAAGGUCCUUCAGCCUCAUCAGCAGUUCCUUUCCCAAGUCCCCACUCUUUCACGAGCGCCUUUACCUCACUUGUCAGUUGGGCCAAGACUUUGUCCCGCAGGCCACACAACCAUCAUUGGUCCACCCCAGCUGCCGUUCAUUCCAGCUUCCGUCCUCCACCCCAAUCACUUGGCUUUCCCCCCGUUACCCCAUGCACUGUUUCCGUCGCUCCUGUCACCGCACCCGGCAGUCAUUCCUUUGCAGCCCCUCUUCUGA